AUGCAGGACGCAUAUGUUCUACACCGAUUUUUCAGGCAGAUCGCCAGCUGGGCUGUCGUCUCUUUCUUCUCCGAGAUCCAUGUCAUUGGUGGCGAACAUGUUCCUCUGGACGGACCCAUCAUUGUGACGGCUACCCAUCAUAAUAUGAUGUUGGACCCUGCUGUGUUGUCAUCAGUGUUUCCGUUUAAGCGUAUCCUUCAUUAUUGGGCGAAAUCGACUUUGUUCAAGAACCCUGCAGUAAAGUAUGCCCUGACAUCUGCCGGCAACAUUCCAGUCGACCGUAAGGCGCAUGACCGCCGCAAGCUCUUCCACGGUACUUUCGACGCGCUUGCGUGUGGCUCUGCUGUGGCCUUGUUCCCAGAAGGAACAUCUUACACCGAACCCAGGAUCAUGCAGGUUAAAGACGGCGCUGCAUGGGCAGCAUUAGAGUACACUAAGUGGGCCCAAGAGCACCCUGAUAAGGUACAACCGGGUGCGGAGCGCGUUGUGAUCAACACUGCUGCGAUUGUGUACACGAACAAGACCAAGUAUCGUAGCCAGGUUAUUAUGGAAUUUGGUCCUCCUAUCACGAUGGAACCGUACCUAGAGCAGUUUGUGUCCGCUGAGAAGGGUGCUCCUCGGGCAGCUGUUAAGCGACUAAGUGCCGCCAUUGAGAACCAGUUGGUCGAAGCGACGGUUAACGCAUCUGACUGGGACACACUGUAUGUCGCGCGCAUGGCGAGAGAUCUCCUAUGGGACGAUGAGAAGUCAAUCAACCUGGACGAGUUCGUGACAAUAUCACAGACGCUGGUAGACCUGUUUGCCACACCCGAUCUUGUCCCGAACAUUAAUGCAAUCAAGCGAUAUCUGCUCGCGUACUACUCCCUGCUCCAGACAACACAUCUCACUAAUUCUGUGCUCACGUCAUUGCCUCUCCCCAAAUCGCUGGACCCAAACAACCCUACUCCGCUCCCGAGCCGAUUGUUCACUCUGACGCUCCUCAUCCGCGACUCGGUCGCAUUGCUUGUACGUCUUCCGCUUUUCCUCGUCCCACUCAUUGUGCACGCGCCCGCGUACGCCAUCGCCCGUUUCGGUGCGCGCCUUGCAGAGGAUGAGGAAGAGACGCAGGCGCAGAAUAAAGUCGUCUUCGGCUUACUGUUCCUACUGAUGAUGUACCCCGCUGCUUUCUUCUUCCUCUGGGCAAUCUUGCGGUUCACGCCGAUUGGCGCAGUCAUUGCUGUUACGGUGGUAUAUCUAUUUGCUAUGUAUCACAAUAGAUUAAUCAACGAUACUUACCAACGCGCAAAACGCCUCGUCGCCGCAUGGCGCGUCCUCGUCGGAGUCUGGGCACCCAAGAAGUGGGAUGUCUCCCUCUCCGUACUGGCCCAAUACGCAACCCCCCGGAUUCCGCCUGAGAACCCCUGGAUUGACCGCUCGAAGAUCAGGACCAAGUCCAGUCCUGCGACCCUUCCCCCCGAGCAACCGAGCAGCCCAUCGACCUCCAAGCCUGCAUCCAAGAAGGCUCGCCGUCCACCCACACGCCGCCUCGUCAGGCACGUCCUCCGCGCACGGGGAGAAGCCGCUAAAGCGCUGGCCUCGCUCUUCGCCCAGCUCGUGGGGCCGCAGGCCGCCGGCAAGCGCGUCUGUGCCUCCGCGCACCUCGCACGCGCGUUCGGCGGGGAGGUCGACGAGAGCCGUGCUGCAGGCACCGAGACGCCAGAGGGCCUCGAGGUCCCCGUCGAGCCCACCGGCUGGCGGCCUGCGCUUGAGGUGAUCUCGUUCCUGCGCAAGCGCGGUGCCAAGAUUGCAGCGUUGGCGGAGCGGGUCGAGGGUGACUGGGCGGCGCUCAGUAGCGAGGGAGAGGAUAGUGAUGCGCCGAACGGGGAGGGUGACAACGACAAGUACAGCGAUGUCGUGUGGGUACCAUCUAGUCAUGGGUCGCCGGAAGACCAUUGA